AUGCGGGAGAUAUUUUCGGCCCAGCCACUGCGGCAAUUUGCACACGGGUUUCUCAUGUUUGGGACGCAACUGCAGUUGUGGAUCUCGUGGAGAGCGGUUGGCCGACUGUCUGAAGUUGAACUCUUGAUGAGAGCACGCAACGUGAGGGGAGUGGCAACACUGAUUGGAUCGCGGAACUACGUCAAGAUCAGCGACCUUCGAAGUGGGCUUACUUUUACGGAAGAGAUGAACAAAGACAUCCAUCCUCUAGAGAUGAAGAUGACGACGGCUGGCAACUCGUUACAAUCGGGAUCGUCGAAUCCGGAUGGAAACGUCGAGUUGAGCAAGGGCGUCAAGCGUGAAAGCGAGUCGGUUGCUGGUGGAGCCAACAAAAAAUUGCGGAGAAGUAAAAAUUCGUGUGUCUUGAGUAUUUCGAGGCAAGCCCUUCACAAUGCCUCAAAGGCGCGUGUGCGCAAAAAUGGAAAGUCGACUGGCACCCGGAAGAAACCUGUGUCGAAAACCAUUCUUAAUCCUGCGACAACUAACGCCAAUCCUGUGACGCAAAAUGCGACUUCCGAAACGUCAUCGGUAUCAAUAAGUUUACCUGCCGAGAGUAGUUGCAAACGACCCAGGAAUGCAGAUGAGAGUGAUGCUGAAGUCCAGACGGUAUCGGAGCCUGAUCUUAAGAGACGUUGCAUUUCGAGCAAUAUCGGGGAGUCUUUGUCGGAAGCCGUAGCUGAAGCUGCGUCCAAUCAGGUCACUAACGAACCAAGUGCUCCAGCUGAACAGGCCAUCGAGAAUGCCGAAUCGGUUCCUGCAGUCAGUAAGGCAGAUGUCAUUAUGGCAGACGACUCAAUGAUCUAUCGGAAUCGUUGGGAAACAGUCAUUGCCGCCAAACCCUUCGGUCGAGCCAUUGAUGAAAAGACAACACCCAUGGAACUGAUCUGCGGCCUACGAGAUGCGAUUAAGGGUCAUCAAUCAUUGUAUAUGGAGACUAAGAUAUUGCACCGCGAUAUUUCGAUGAACAAUAUCAUACUCACCGAUCCGAAACGCAAUGAUGGAUGUCAUGGGGUGUUGAUAGACUUGGACUUGGCAAUAUCGCUAACGGAUGACGACUGUUCCGAAAGCUCGAAAACGUUAACUGGCACGAUGGAGUUUAUGGCUAUCGGGCUCUUGAAGGAAUAUACUUAUCCAUCGAAUGGCAAGUUUACCCAUACUUAUCGACACGAUCUGGAAUCCUUCUUUUUUGUACUCAUUUCAGCAUGCAUACGUUUCGGGUGGGGUAAGAAUGAGUCACCCCACAUGGAAACAAUAAGGAAAUGGUAUAAGGGCUUUGAGGACACACUUCUGAAAGCAUUCUCGUCUAAAUUUGAGUGCUUGAAAGACCUAGCCACGAUGUUGCGGAAAAUUUUGUUUGAGACACAGAAUACCAUAUGGAUAACAACAGACCCUCAUCCAUUGAACCUCUAUGACUCGAUACUGAAGGCUUUCGACGAUCAAAUUGUGAGGAUAAAAUGUAAGUCAUGA